AUGGAAGGCCCGCGCAACCCGGAUCUUCAGAGAGUGCUUGAGACCUUGAAUAGUUAUACUCCACCACCGUCAAACAUUCCCGAACUCAGAGCCUUCAGUAGGUCACAGUAUUUGCACCCGAGUGAGACCAUUCACGCUUCCAUCUUGCCUGGGCUGGAUCUGCUAGCCACCCCAGAAACCCACGAGAGACCUAUCACUCCUCCUCCUAUCAUUCGACAGCAAGUAAGAGCUCCUGCACAGAUAAAGUCUGCUGUUCAACCAGAAGAUGUUCCAAGCAAGCCCUCGACUCCUACAAUACCAGACGCAUCAACCAUCACGACUUGGCCCGCAGCACUGAAGCACGUCACUCGCCAUCUGGUCCCCAACGAGAAAGGUGCCGGACGCAUCAAGCAUCUCAUCUCCGAACAGCAUAAGCAUGAGCGUCAGUGGUGGGCUGGCCGAGAGGCCAUCGUGGCCAGGCAGCAGGGAAGGACUGGUACUUCGCAGCAGGUGGCAGCGUUAUUGAAGUCCCUGGGCGGCAAGGAAGUAGCAGCGACUCCUUCGGACCCUGCGGCAAAUCAAGCUGAGUUGGAUGCUUAUGACAAGAAAGUCUAUGCGGGACUCACGGCGAUGGCGUCGGACUUUGACAGGCAGCUCAGAACUCUUGGUGUACCUUUUUUUGCCAUCAAACAUGAGCUGGUGAUCCUUGAAGAAGGGCCUGCAAAGACUGGGGCACCAUUUGGAAGGAUCGAUAAGGGCGAGUUAAGAGAGCUCCAGAAGAGGAUGUUGCAAACUCUGGAAGACUUGUUCGGUGAUGUUGAAGACUGA